AUGUCGGUUCUACUUGAAACGACGAUGGGUGACAUCGUCAUUGAUCUUUACACGGAGCACCGUCCUCGAUGCUGUGUGAAUUUUUUGAAAUUAUGCAAGGUCAAAUACUACAACUACUCCACGAUCUACAAUGUCCAGAGGGACUUCGUAGUCCAGUGUGGUGAUCCUACUGACAAAGGAAAUCCGAAAAACGGGUCUUCAAUCUUCGAGCGUACAAAUGGCGAAGCUGCACGUUUUUUUGAAGCCCAAAAACUUCCAAUUAUUAAGCAUGAUAAGGUCGGUCUUGUCUCAAUGAUCAACAACGGCAAGGGAAAAUUUGGAAGUCAAUUUUUGAUAACAACGGGCGUCAAUUGUGAUGUGCUCGACGGUGGCCAAGUGGUAUUCGGAGAAGUAGCGGAAGGGCUCGAAGAAUGUCUUUCAAAAAUCAAUGAAGUUUAUGUUGAUAAGAAUGGUCGGCCACAAAUCGACAUCAGAAUCAAUCACACGCAUAUUCUCGAUGAUCCAUUCGAAGAUCCAGAUAAUUUAGUCGUCCCUUCAAGAUCUCCAUCACCGGAUGCCGAGCGAAUUUUCGGUGCAGGAACUAGAGUCGGUGCGGAUGAACUUCUCGAUGAAGACGAAGGGUUGACGGAGAUCGAGCAAAAGGAACGAGACGCUAUAACAACAGCCGAGCACCGAGCAAACGUUCUUACAAUCGUCGGUGAUUUGCCAGCUGCGGACGUUGAGCCUGAUAAAAACGUUCUCUUUGUUUGCAAGCUCAACCCAAUUACGACUGACGAAGACUUGGAGCUCAUCUUCUCAAGAUUUGGCGAGAUCAAAACCGCCGAAAUCAUCCGUGAUCGUCGAACUUUGCAGUCGUUGCAAUAUGCGUUUAUUGAAUUCGCGACGGAUGAAGAUUGUGAGCGAGCUUACUUCAAAAUGGACAACGUUCUCAUCGAUGAUCGGCGAAUCCAUGUUGAUUUCUCUCAAUCAGUCGCUAAAAAGUGGCGCCAGUGGAAAUUUCAGGGCAAGUACCGAACCAAAGAAGAAAUGGAUGAUCGAGAUGAGACGAAAACAAUCAAACGAGAACCACGAGAGUCCAAUCGAGAGCGCGAUCGUGAUCGAAAAAGACGAAGAAGUGAGACCGAGACAAUCGCAGAGAAAGAAGACGAUCUCGAUCGCGAGAUAGGCGACGAUCGCGGGACCGGGAUCGAUCUUCGCGAGACCGGGAUCGACGUCGAUCGAGAGAACGCAGACGAUCAAGAGAUAGACGAAGAUAAACGUAGACCAAUUUGUAACACUGCCAGUUUCUUCUGUUCUUUAUUGUCUGAAAUUUAUUUGAUCAUGGAAUUUAGCUCAAUAAGUUUUUUUCAGAACAUGAGCGAUAAAGAAGAUUACACAAAAAAGAAGGCGUCUCUCGAGUCGUUGCCAAAGUUCAAAAAACCAAUGCAAGAACGAUACGACCAGGCGUUUCUUGGAAUUCUCCAAAAUGAACAAAGAAUCGAACCCUUUCUCGACUCUGUUAUGUCGUUCCUCUCCCGAAAAACUGACUUUUUCCGAACAUUGACGGACGAAUCUCAAGUCGGUUUCCCACCAGGCGUCGCAGAAAAUAUGGUGCGUUGCUAUUUCAUGAAGUACAAUAUGCAAGUGAAAGAGGCGGAAGAUAGAGUUAAAAACGAAGAACUGAACAUGUCUCAAGCUCCUAAAGCAAAAGAAGUAACAGCAGCUCCAGUUAAAAGAGAAAAACCGCAGCCAAAACCAGCUCCAUUAGAAAAGAAAAGCCUUGAAAAAUUGACCCAGGAGCAGUGGCAACUAGAGCCUGACAGUCAUAAUGGAGCGCGACGCGAAAACUACUCCUGGAAUCAAAACUAUGAUGAUGUUGAUAUUACCGUGCCAACAACCGUUGCUAAUACAAAAUUCAUAAAAGUCAAUAUCAAGCGAAAACAUUUAACGGUCAUAAUCGAAGGCAAAACCAUUAUCGACGGGGAGUUGUACCAAGAAAAUAAAGCUGACGAAGCGACUUGGUCUCUUGAAAAGGGAAAAUGCUUGACAAUCAGUUUGACGAAAGCAACCGAGCAUUGGUGGAAUAAACUUAUUGAGGGCGAAGAGGAGAUUGAUAUGAAAAAAAUCGAACCUGUCCGAAGCAUGGGCGAUCUUGAUGAAGGAGAAGCCGCAACCAUCAAUCAACUCCAAUUUGACGAGAUGCAGAAACGCAUGGGAAAACCAACGAGUAAAGAGCUCAAAGUCCAGGAUAUGCUUAAAAAGGGCUGGGACGCUGAAGGAAGUCCAUUCAAAGGUCAACCAUUCGACAUGUCUCAAUUCAACAUCAACCCGGAUGCAAUUCAGAUGUAG